UAACUCUCUGCACAUAAAUGCGAGCCAAUCUAUUUAAUUCAGUUUCAGUGCAUUUAUAAAUUAAUAAAAUUUACCAAGUGCGAGCGUGAGGGAGCGACACGCACACCUAUGCACGCUCAUUACACGGACGAGGCGAACGUGAGUCUUGGAAUAUUGCAAAAAACAGCAACAACAACAACAACAACAACAAAACCGAAAGCGAAACAGCAAAAAAUAAAUAAAUAACGAGGAACCAGUUUCACCUUGAGGAGCAAUACCUAGUGCACACUCACACUCGCACUCGCGUCCACACAAAUGAAACAUCCCGAUCGUACUCUUACUGCGAGUACGGACACAUAGUGCACAUAUAGUGCAUAUAGUGGACAGCACUGGGUAGACAUAGUGACCACCACAUAAUUUCGUGAUAAAGCCCCAGAGAAUCGGAGCGCUCCGCCUUAUCGGCAACCCACUGCUACUGGUCCGGCUACUAUGCUCCAGCGGGGAUCGGGACAUCAUCGCUGGGACAGAGACACAGUGGGCACCAGGACUGGGAUGCAGUUGCAGCGGCCCCGAACCCACUGAAAGAUGAUAGCUAAGCCCAACCAGGCCACCACCGAACCACCAUUGAGCUUGCGCCCCGGAACAGUGCCAACGGUUCCAGCAACCACCCCAGCCAGACCAGCGACCAUCACCAUCCAGCGAAGGCAUCCAGCCCCGAAAGCGGACUCACCACCCCACACUUUGCCACCGUUCUCGCCUUCGCCUUCGCCAGCGUCGUCGCCUUCGCCAUCGCCAGCGCCAGCGCAAACGCCUGGAGCACAAAAAACACAAAGCCAGCCAGCUAUUACUCAUCCAGCGGCUGUGGCUUCGCCUUCCGCGCCUGUUGCUGCAGCUGCACCGAAGACCCCCAAGACCCCGGAACCCCGGAGUACCCACACCCACAAUCACACUCACAGCCAGCGCUUCAACCCCCCUCCACCCGAAUCCGAAAUGGACGGCGAAAGAUCUCCGAGCCACAGCGGCCAUGAAAUGACACUGAGCAUGAACGGCAUCGAUUCCAGCCCGGUGUUCGGAUCUGCACGGGUUCCUGUCAACUCCAGCACCCCGUACUCGGAUGCGACUCGAACCAAGAAACAUUCGCCCGGCCAUAUCAAGCGACCCAUGAACGCCUUCAUGGUGUGGAGCCAGAUGGAGCGGCGCAAGAUCUGCGAGCGGACCCCCGACCUGCACAACGCGGAGAUCUCCAAGGAGCUGGGCCGCCGCUGGCAGCUGCUCAGCAAGGACGACAAGCAGCCGUACAUCAGCGAGGCGGAGAAGCUGCGCAAGCUGCACAUGAUCGAGUAUCCGAACUACAAGUACAGGCCGCAGAAGAAGCAGACGCGCUCCCCGGGAUCGCUGAAGACCAACCAGGACGCGGACGGCUGCGAAGCCAGAAAUGACACGCCCAACAACAACAACUCACUGACCACCCUUGCAAUUAAUGGAACCACCACUGCCGGCCGCAAAAGCAAAAGAUCUACCUCUACAUGUCAAUCGGGUUCCGCUUCGAAACGAUUGAGGAACGACUCGGGUGAUAUCUCCUCCAAGCCUAAGUACGAAGUUAAGAUGGAGUCUGCUGAGCAGCUCAACUCCGCGGAUAUUAUACUACCCUCAGCCGAUAAUCUGUUAAGCUACCAAUCGUCUGAAUACUUACCUCUAAGCACGCACAGCACCGCCGACUGCGACGAGAAGCUGCACUCCGAGCUGAGCUCGGGUCCGCUGGAGCCGCGGGAGAACCUGUCGGAGGUUGUCAACCGCUUCCUGCCGCUCUUCCUCGGCGGCAACGAGGACUCGCAGCUGGGGGUCAGCUCCCUGGCGCAGAGCCAACACAACCAGUCGGAUCCCACCGCAGGACUGAUGGACAACAUCUCCGACAUCAGCCCCAUCAACGACCGCGAGGAGCUGACCGAGGAGGUGAUGCGCUACCUGCCCUACCUGGAGGUGAAUCCCUCGAGCGACGGGCUCACCCUCAAGGUGGAGUCGUCCAGCCUGCUGGACAAUCCGCUCAACGAGCCCGUCUUCGACUCCGAAGACAACAUUGUGAACGACGCCAACUUGCACUCGGCCAGCCAUCAAAUACCUCCAUAUGUGCCUGACAGCCACGACUGCUUCGCGGAGGACUGCGGCGGCGACAGCUCCUCGCACCAGGUGGAGUUCGAGGUGGUGCGGCCCCAGACGGUGACCAUGACCAUGACCUGCACGCUGCCCUACGGCGGACCGGACGCUGGGCACACCACAUUCCAGGCCGACGACUUCAACGCGAUCCCGUCGGCCGCCGAGGACAGCGAGUGCAGCAUUCUGACCAGCUCCAACUCGCCGCAGAUCGGCUUCAACGGGAGCAGCUUCGUGGAGGCGGACGCCAUCGGGAGCACUUGUACAUACGCGCAACAAGACUACACCGGAAGUGUAAUUGAAACACACAAUGAUCUCAACUACGCCGCACACGAUAACAACGGAGCUCUGCUAGCCUACACAUUUGAGGACUUGCCGCCUCAGCCAACCGGUAGUCAUUUAGAGUUUAACACUAACAAGUACGAGUUUGCAAGUUAUUAUAAAAUGUGAGAGAUAUUUAAGUUUGUGUAAUUUAUAACUAAUCUAAUUGUACGUUUAUAAUUUUACACCAAAUUAUAUAUAAAUAUGUAUAUGUAUGCAGAUAAUACCAUA